AUGGACCUGCCAUUUUUAUUGUUUUUUAUAUUGUUGGAAGUCCUGGCCGUAAAUUGUCAAGCCACAGCACAGGAACGUAUAGUGGGAGGAUAUGCACCAGUUCCACAUUCAAUCAAGUACAUUGUGUCGAUACAGACAACGGAGCGUCAGCACUUUUGCGGGGGCUCCUUGAUAAAUAAGUACUGGGUAAUCACAGCAGCACACUGCAAUGUGGGGGUAAACAAAAUGGUGAUAGUGGCUGGGGACUACUCUCUGUCCAUCUAUGAGGGCACAGAACAAGAAAUCCUGCCUCAGCUUUUGGUUCCCCACCCUGAGUACAACAGAGCCACAGACAACAACGACAUUAUGCUUAUAAAGCUGAAGGCCCCGGUCUAUCUGAACAGCUACAUUUCCAUCGCCCUACUGCCCCGGCAGGGCGUUUCCAUAGCGGAGGGCAGAAUUUGUCGAGUGUCAGGCUGGGGAUACACCAGCCCCAGUGGAGGCCAGAUCCCAUCCACCCUCCGCACUGUCACACUCCCCAUUAUCUCCACAGAAAAAUGCAACAGCAGUGUGUCCUUUGAUGGCAGGAUCACAGAAAACAUGCUCUGUGCUGGUUAUAGUACUGGUGGAAAGGAUGCCUGUCAGGGGGACUCUGGGGGUCCACUUGUAUGUGAGGGCCUGGUCUAUGGCGUGGUGUCCUGGGGGAAAGGAUGUGCUGAUGCCCAGUUUCCUGGAGUCUACACUGCUGUGUCCAAGUUCCGCAGGUGGAUAGACAACACCAUAUUUAGCUACUACAGAAAGUGUAAAACAGAUUAG